UGUGUAGCGAUCAAUAUACUUUGCUGCAUGUGGUUCGAAAUGUGAAUGACGUUAUGUUUGGAUACUCUUAUUACAUUAGCAAGAAUAUAUAGUAUUACAAUUUUUUAAAUUUAUUUAAUAAUUUAUGAUCUGAAAUUUAAUACAACUGAAUAAAAAGUAUGGAAUUCAGUGAGGAUUUUGCUUUAAUUCAGGGUUCACUUUUUAGUGUGCAGAAGGCGAUUGGAGACCUCCAAUUCUUGUCGUCUAAGAGUGGUGAUGACUCAAAAAUCAGCGCUGUUGUUAAUGCCCUUUGUAAGGUUAUCAUUGGUAGAGGCAUACAGGCAGGAGCCAGAUUGGAUGCUAAGCAAGAUCAACGUUUAAGGAAGAUUCAUAUGUUCCUCGUGCUGAACGCUAAUCUAAGUGUUAAGGAAAAACUCGUUGAAGAUAUAAAUUGUGGUCAUAUCAUUGAUUGUGUGCCUAACUUAAGCAAAGAACUGUUGGUGAAAUUAGUAUGGGGUUUAUCCUUGCAUAAAUAUGCAUGUGAAAGCAUUAUUUAUUGUCCACUGUCACUUGGUGCUGAGUUGCUAGAUAUAUUUUUUGAUAAUUUAAGUUCGGUGGAACCCGUACAAGCUUUACCAAGAGUUGAAGAACUUUCUAAAGCAGUUUAUUGUAAAUAUAUACAACUGGAACAUCUUCAAGUAGCAGAUAUGAAAUAUGCGAAGUGGAAAUUAUUUACAUAUUUUAAAAAUUUAAUGCAGUAUUUUGUCAAACCUGAUUUAAAGGAACUGGGUUGUAUUAGUACACAGGAUAUGUAUCGCUUUGCUGGUUUUGCAAUGAAAAGCAUCUUAUCAUUGAUGACAGAUUACUUGAAAUUGUACUUAAAUCUGCAAGAGCAUGAGGUGGAUGUACCUGAAGUUUAUGAUAUUUCUUUGCCUGAAUUAUGUGGUGGUGUUGAAAAGGAAAUUGAGGUGAUAACUUCAAAUAAUUUUAUUAAUGAACUUCUCUACACUUGUAAAGUAAAUUUCUGUGCAAUUACAGUAGAUAUAUGGCUGUUCUGGGCGGAAUGUAAUGUUGAUGAAGCUAGAACUUUGCAAAAUGAAAUAAGUGAAAUGAUGUAUUCUUGUUCUGAACUGCUGAAGAAAGUCCGAAGUGAUAAAGUCAAAUUCCCGUUGGCAGGAGAGUUGAUCACCAUGCUGUCAAGUAUGGCUGUGAAGCCAAGAGAAGAAGAUGAUGAAAUAAGAGAAGCAGAUAUUGAAUUAAUUAUUAAAAAUGUUUCAGACAAAUCCAAAUCACAGAAAAAGUGGUUUAAAGCUUUACUUGCAUUAAAUGAGGUUAUUUCUGAUAAUUGUGCAGAUUGUCUAAAAAAUAAUUUGUAUUUAGCAGAAUACGAAGAUGUUAAAGCAAUUCUUGAAAAGACAAUUGCUACAAUUGAGUCAAAACAUGGUGAUCGUGAAUGGCGUGAUAAAAUAAAGCGUAUAGGAUUGGAUUCUUUGAAGCAGCUUGCACUACAAGAGCAGGUUGAAAUUGUCCAGUGGUUUUUUAAGAAGUUUGGGACCAGUGUCGACUUCUUGACAGAUAGUUUCCAUGUGGUGGCCACAGAAGUCUUUAACAAGGCUGUGAAGAGGACUGGAAAUGAAAACAAGUUCCUCUCGGACUUUGUGGGUCUCUGCGUGGAAUCCCCAGUUGAAGUGAUCACCAGGGUGCUGCAAGAGGGAUUGAAGAACUCCAAGCAGAUCGUGCUGAUGGUUGAAGUUUUGGAGUGCUUGAACCCCAUAUACGGUGCCUUUGAAGCAGCUGACAUGGGGGCAGCAUCUGGAAAUGAAAAAAUGAUUAUUGUGACAUGUUUGUUAAAUGAAGCUAUGAAGAAUGAUUUGAAUGAUCAGGAGAAAUCAAAUUUUGUCAACUUUGUCAUUGCUCUGAUAAACCAUAAUAUUGUUAAUGGCUCAGCGUUUAUUAGAAGGAGCUUGCUGCCGGCAUUGUACAAUAGUCUUUGUGUAAAGACAUGGUCACUGUUGCUGCUGUGGCUGGAAGUUUUACGCUCAUUUACAGAUGGGAGAAUAAAGAAUCACACAGACGUACCAGAGUGUCCUCUGCUGGUGAUGUUAGCCCAAGUUCUUGAAGUCAGUAGAUGGAACUUAAUAACGUUCUCUCCUGGUGCUGUGUCAGUGUGUGAAGAAGCCCUUCUCGUAGUAAGGACGGUGAUGAAGAUGUUUCUAAGCACAAAAACCGUGGAAGAUAAGGAGGUGAAAUGGCUGCAAAUGAAACUUGACGGAUUUUUAUCUCCACUUAAUAAGAGUUACUUCAGCCAACUGUGGUCUAAAUUUGGAAGAGAUUGGGCACCAGCACCUUACAACAUAAAUACUUUUCUGCUUGAUGUGAUACAGAAUGAUGAGUUCAGUGAUGAGACUGGUAAAAAGGUAGUGGAGUUAUUUCGAGGUUCAGAAAAUAAGGAAAACCUGUUCCACUUCUCAUUUUCAAAGCUGUUGCCCUUAUGUACUCCUACGGAAUGGAAGAUCUUAGCCAAGAGAAUGAAGGAAAUUAAUAUUUGCACAAGCAAAGUGGAGAGCCCUGGGCCACAGAUGCAUUUAUUUGCUGAUUCAGUUUUGCUGUUUCUCUUUGUGAUUAAAAGGGAAGGCAUUCAGGAAAAUGAGUGUGCCCUCUCAUGUUUGGAUUACUCUAUCAGGAACUUGGGUUUGGUGUUGAAGGAAGAAAUAAACACACAGUUGAAGAGUUUGCCAACAGAAGAACAAGCGAAGAUAUUAAUUAAGAUACUGCAUAUUCUUGGGCAACUGCCACCAAGUAUAAAAGAUACGUGUUCAAUCCUUAUGUUAAAUGUUCUAGUAGAAUUAUUGCCAGAAAUAUUCAGUGACUAUGUUCAAGAAAAGGAAGAUGCCGCUGGUUCUGUCGAAACAUCGUCUUUUUUAAGAGACAUCGCUAUCAGUAUCGGAGUUCUUGGCAAUGGGGAGCCUUUGCAAAUUCUUUCUAGGAAGUUGCUGGAGUGUAUGGCGAUAGGUGAUGCUCAUUUAAGCUGUAAACAGAAACAGUCGAUCCUUUAAUGUUGUAUGUGUUUGCUACAAGUAGAUAUGGAACAUGGGUUUUCUGUUUCAUUUUUUUGCGGGAUGUAUCUCUGACAUGUCCAUCCACCUGAACAGGUUAGCUAAUGCUGUAAUGAUUCAGGUGAUAUCUUUCAAGAUAUGUUAUUGUCUUGAAAGCAUUUUGAUAAAUGCUGCAAACCUUUCUUACCUGAACACAACAUUAGCAGGUAAUUCACAUUUUUCCCCUACCAAAACCGUUAUUCAUAAUGUAUGCCCUUUGGUUAUUCUCAAACCAGGUGGACCUACCAGAUAUUUGCAUUUGGUAGAACGUAGACCAACUGAGUGGACUUUAGCCACAAGUGUUACUUGGUUUCGCUAGUUGAAUUGGCAGUUGGUGCCAAUGGUCCCUGAAUUAGGACCUACAUUUGAGUGUGAUUUCAGUUUCAUGUGACGAGUAAAAACCAUCUUCUGGGAUGUUGCGUUGUGUAAUCUCAUAUAAAUUCACUGGCAUUUCAAACCUGUCACCACCAAGAUGGUUUCAAGUCGCCAACCUGGAUCAACAAUUGCAGAAAGUAUUUAAAAAUUUAUGUUUCAGAUUUUAUUUUAGAUUGCUGUUAAGAAAUUUCAAGAAAAUUCAAUAAAAUAAGUGGAAAUAUAAAAAAAAAUUGAAAACUUAUGUAACAAACACAAUUUCCAAUUUUUUUAUGGAAACUGAAACAGCAUGGUGCUAUUAGAAGCAUACUUUAUUCUUAAGGAAGGAAAGUAGGCAAAAAGUAACAGUAUUACAGCAUGUGAUCAUUUUUGUUGUAAUUAUUUGUUGGAUAAAACAUACUUUACAUAAGCCUACUUAGUUGUUUAUGUAUUAUCCAGAACAACUCUGUAAACUACAUGGUGUUCUAAUUUGUACUCAAAACGUCUUCUCUUGGGAUUAAAGUUCAUGAAGCUGAUUACACAACUCCAUGUAAUGUAGACCUUUACUGCUUUGCCUUUACUUGCCCGAGUAACUUGCAGCAGACAUUUAAGGUUUAGGACUGCAAAAUAUAAAAGUUCCACCAGCCUACAAUCCUCACAGUCUAUUGACUAUAGUAUUGAGCAUGUCAGUGUGGCUGCCACAUCUGCUUCAUAGUUUUGGAGGUCCCACAUAUAAAUAUUUGUCAGUAAAUUGGUUAUGUUGACUAAAAUUUGUAAACAUUGAGACUAGCAAAAAAAAAAAUUUGACGUAAAUACGUCUAUAUGGAAGGGUCAGUGUCAUUCCGCAAAAAAAGCGUUAUGAAAAAGCGACAGAAAAAUGUGUAAGAUCUGUUUACUCUAAUUGUUACAUCAUCUGUUUAUUCCACAUUGUUGUAUCACUUUAUUGCCGCCAACAUUCCGCUUUCGUUA